CUGUAGUGAGCCCAGUAUUCCAGUGAGCUGGUGAUGGAACACGCUCACUGCUAGAUCUCCUAGGACAAGGACCGGCUUUGUGCCUGGAGAGCUGUAUCUGAAUUCUUCCCCAUUUCUCUUUACAAGCCACAGGUCAGUGAGCUUUAAACCAAUUGAAUGGCUAGAUAGAGCGGCAAUAUUUGUAUGAACAUUCUGUCUGAUCACUACGGCUUGAGUGCACACCCAGAAUGCCAAAUUCCCUGCCUUUCUACAGUGUGUAUGUACGCCUAAGGAAAGACAUGUGACUGCUAGAUCAGAACAGUGUGUGCUGAGGCCUUGUGUAUUUUUGUGUUCAGAUGCUCUUGGGUUUGUUCACUAAACUGAGAAUUUUGGAGAAUUGACAAGGAAAUUAUAAUUUUUUUUUUUUUUAAGGCAAACGGGAGGUUCUCUAAUGCUCCUGGGCUUUAUUCACUGAAAUAGGAAAUGUGGAGAAUUUAAAGAGGAUUUCACAUUUUAGUUGAAAGUAACCGUAUUAAAAACAUUCUCCAACAUGGCUGUUAAACGUUUCGACCCCUUGGGGGUUUAUUCACUAGAUCAGGGGUUGGUAGCCUUUGAGCAGUAUGGUGCCAAAACAAUACUUUGAAGUCCCUUUGCAUGCUGGUCCUAUUUAUUUAUUUUUUAAACUAACGUGUGUGUGUGCACGCGUCGCUUGUGUUAUGCUGCAGCUGCUUUUUUAGGGUUGUAUUUGUGCAUAUGUGGGCUGUUUUGUAAUGUGUGUGUGUGUGAGAGCAGUUGCUGUAUUCGGGGUACCUUUCCAAUGCAUACUGCUAAAACACACAUUAACACAAUGCUAAACACACAAACAAGCUGUUAGAUUCACAGACACUGCUACUCACACACACAAUGCUAAACACACAAACAAACUGCAAGACUCACACCCAUUGGCAAUGUUGUCAUUUGUUGCCACCCUCCACUUUGAUUAUCAUUUGGUGGCAGGAGAUUGGCUUUACUAGGGUCCAGUGGGGACCAGGCUGGCCAGGUACAAUUCAAGACCAGUGUUUUUGUGGACUUCUAUCCUCACGCACAGUUUCUUCUUCACAAAUCCUGGUAGGAAGUGAUCUCAGAUCAGUUCCUACCAGUGCAGCCUCGAGAGAUUUUGAGGUCUGCCCCUCAACACCUGCUGCAAUCAGGUGUUAGUAAAUAUCUAAAGAAGUCCGACUGGGACCUCUGUCAGGCCAGCCCCAUGAGAGAUCCUCAGAUCUCUACAAACUUUUUAAUAGGUCUGGCAGCCAUGUGUUGCAUGCAAAGGCAACUCCACCAUAGGUUGCUGACCCCUGGAUCCCUGCUAGAUUUUGAAUAAAAAAGUAAAUGUCAAGAUUUACAGAUUGGUACAUUUUGCAAUUCUGAUUUGAAUUUGCUGACAUUUUUGAAUUUAGCGAAUAGCCUUCUUUGUUAAAUCGCCACACAUUCUUGGAUAGUGACUGUCAAGAGCGUGGGCUAUUGGCCCAUGCGAGACAGUGGGGAGAGUGUGGAAGUAAAAGGGUUAACGACACCAGGCCCCUGGUUACCUGUUGCUAGUCCCAGUAACCACUAUAUUAACCCCUGCAAUCCCUUUUACACCAAUACCCUAGUACACACUUUACUGCCACCACCAAGACUUUAUAACCUUACUUAACUGAUCAGACAUAUAUAAUUAACCCUUUUUGGUAAUGUGUUUACCUGAGCUUUCCUCAGAAGAGUGAGCUCAUAGAGAACAAUUAAGUAAACAUUUAAUCUGACAAAAAGAAUUCACAGUGCUGGGUACAUAAAUACAGAAACACAGAUAACAAAUUGCAAAACAGUCCAUAAAAUAAGAGUAAACUCAAGAGAGAUAUUUACUGCUUGUAUAUAAUUCUUGUGGAAGAUUCUGAUGUUAAAGUUCCCCAAGUAGUUGUUAAAAAGAAAAAUCUCUCAUUGGAAAAUCCAACAUCCUCAAUAUAUACCUUAAAACAAGUUGUUUCUAAGUGGGCAGACCCCUUGGUGAAUCCGAGGGUUUUUGUUUCCUCGCAGUUUAUUGCCCACUCCAUAUUUUCUUAAAUUACGUUAUCCCUUGAAGACCCCAAAGUCAGAGCAUAUGCACCAAUACCUUUUACGAUGCCCUAUGUCCAGCUCUGGUGAUGGUUAUCUAGUAGUUGGCUUAUGCCUGGUGUAAGAUCAAAGCCUACAAUAAAUGUUACCCCAAGGUUGACACAAACAACUCCUAACAUAUAUCAAAUGCCAACUCUUGCUUUGGCAUGACAGUGACUAUAUCCCUCUACAUUUUAAUAAGUUGCUUCAAUAAUGCAAUGACUAAAGGUCUGUGUACAAAUGGCAAAUAUACAUAAAUUUUGUAAAUUAAAUGCAUAACAAAGGGUCAAAUUAAACAUUCCUUAAACUAUAGUGCCCUUUGGAUCCCCUCCUACCCCCCGUAGAACAUAAAAGGUUAAAAACCCUUUAUUCACUUACCUGGUUGCACUACCGAUGUCCCUUGGCGCUGGGUCAUCGCCCCGGCUCCUCUGAUGGGGGUAUUUAAAGCGCAUGCGCUGCGAGCACUUCAGGCCCUUCCAAAAGGAAAGCAUUGAAUCAUUGCUUUCCUAUAGAGAUUUUUCUGACACUGAAUGUCCUCUUGCAGAGCAUGAGAACCGCCAGUGUUGGGUGACUUGGUCGGUAAACUCCGUGAAGCGCCUCUGGUGGCUGUCAGGCAGUUUCUUAAAAAUUGCAGUGUUUUUACAUUGCAUGACUAAGGGGGACAGGGACUCUACAUCCAGACCACAUCAAUGAUCUGAAGUAAUCUGGGUACCUAUAGUGUCCCUUUAAGUCAAACAUAUUAAUUCUUCAUGAUGUUUUGGAUAGUAUGUAGAAUUCAUAAUUUUGGCAAAUCUACAUGGUAUCAGCUGUGCUGGAUGCAAGGUCGGCCUUUUGAUGGCUUUUGAACAACAGGCGAAUUGGUGAGAUAAUCUGUAUUCUUUUUAUUAUAGAUUAGACCAGUCAGAUUGACAAUCAUGCUCUUAUAAAUGAAAAGGGGUGGGUAAGUGCUUGCAUUUGUUGAAGUUAGAGUUGCUAGAAAAUGCAGUUAUGGAUUUGAAGGAAGGAACAAACUAAAAAUAUACUUGAUUAUAAAUGUGGAAAGAAUGGCGUUGUAAUAGAAUAAUAUGGGUCAUCCUUGACUUGCACUGACUUGAUUUUACAUUUAUUGACAAUUGCAUCAUGAUGCUACUUUAUGCCCAAACUCAAAUUACAUUGCUGGAUGUAGAAAGCCUUCUUAUUCCAUAUGUGUUCUGUAAGCAUUAGCACACCCCUUUCUACUAAACAGUGUAACUGUUUGUUAUGCAAGGGCUCCAUUUCAUGGACAGUGUUCAAUAUUUCAUACCGAGGAUGAUCCCUUAUCUUUAUAGCCACUCUGUCAAUUUUAAGUAUUUUAUCAAAACAGAAUCUUUAUAAAAUAUUCACAAUAACUGCAUUGGAGUUUCUGCGCAGUCAAAAGAUAUAAUGAGACAAAGUAUCUUGUCUUAUUGAAAAAUCUACCAUCAAGUUUGGCAUUUUUCACAGUUAUCCCUAGCAAAGGCUAUGGGAAUUGUGUGUCUUCUCGUGAAUCGCGAGACUUGGCCUGUGGAAGAUCUUGCAGGAUCCUCCAUAGACCCUAAUGCUGUACUUGAUCUGUUAAAUAUAAGGAUAAGCAAGCAAUAUAAAAAACAACAACAAACUGGGAAUUGACAGUUCUUUUUUAAAAUGUCAAGAUGAUCAUCUUGAUGCAUUUUACACCUGCUGAGUGUUUUAUCAGUAAAGUCUGGUGAGUAUACCCUGUCCCUGCAGAAUUUUUAAUUUAAACAUUGCCUUUUCAGAGAAAAGUAUUUUACAUUGCUGUUCAGUGGCAGUCACUCAGAUGGCCACUAGAGGUGCUUCCUGGGUCAGUUAUGCACAAUGUCUCCCCAGUCUGCAUGGAGACGCUGUACACGAAGUUAUAAUAAAUGUUGUUAUGUUUUCAUCUUUGGUUUAUUGCUAUGUGGCUGGUGUUAUUUUAUAUUUAGAUUGUUAGUAUUAUAUGGCUGGGGUUAUUAUAAAUUAGAUUAUUAUUGUUAUUGUGGCUGGGGCUAUUAUAAAUUUUAUUUUUAUUAUGUUUUUACUUUUAGAUUACCAUUACUAUAGUUAUGUGGCCAUGCCUGCUGUAUGGUCUCCCUCCCGGCCCCGGUCUCACGCUGUCUCUUUCUCUUUUCUGGCAGAUGAGUAGCCGCUAAGGCCGGAUUCAGCAUGGAGAGCCCAAUGCCCCCGGACAGCCCGCUGCCCCCCGACUCCUCGCUGCCUUUCUAUGACCCGUCUCACGCCCUGCACUUGCUGCGGGGGAUCAGUGAGCUGCGGGCUGAGCAGAAGUUCUUCGACAUGACGGUGAGUGCGGGCGGCCAGGACUUCCCGUGUCACCGCACUGUGCUGGCAGCUGCCUCGCUCUACUUCCGUGCCAUGUUCGCUGGCCGCCUCCGGGAGAGCCAGGCCCGGCGGGUGGAGCUGCACCAGGUCACGGGGCCCACUCUGGGCUUGCUGCUCGACUUCUGCUACACGGGCCGAGUCACAGUCACACAGGACAAUGUGGAGCUGCUGCUGCAGGCCGCUGACCUCUUCCAAUUCCCGUCUGUUAAAGAGGCAUGCUGCCAGUACCUGGAGCGCCAGCUGGAUGUCACCAACUGCCUGGAGAUCCAGGAGUUUGCAGAGGCCUACUCGUGCCAGGGCCUGGCCGAGAGCACCAAGCGCUUCAUUCUGGCCCACAUGGUGGCGUUGGCUCAAGCCCGUGAGCUGGAGCGUCUGCCCUGGAGUCGGGUGCUGGAAUAUGUGCGCGAUGACCGGCUGUGCGUGGACAAAGAGGAGACUGCUUACCAGUUGGUGCUGAGCUGGGUCCGGGCCGACCUGCCGCACCGCCAGCACCGCCUGCCUGAGCUCUUCCAGCAUGUCCGGCUUCCCUUUAUCCGCCGAUACUACCUGCUGGCCCAGGUGGAAAGUGACCCACUGGUGUACCGGAGCUCGGCCUGCCUGCGCCUCAUUGGGGAGGCUCGGGCCUUCCAGUCCUGUGAGUAUGACCGGCACGAUAGGCCCUGCGAACGCAUGAGGCCCCGGCCCUCCACAGGCCUGGCCGAGAUCCUGGUGGUGAUUGGCGGCUGCGACCAGGACUGUGAUGAGCUGGUUACCGUGGACUGUUACAACCCCCAGACCGGGCAGUGGAGGUACCUGGCUGAAUUCCCCGAGCACCUGGGAGGAGGGUACAGCAUGGCAGCCCUGGGCAACGACAUCUAUGUGACAGGUGAGUCAGUUCAUAAAUAUAACACUGUGACAAGGGACAUUAUAGCAGUGCAUCCCUGGGUCAUAACAUGUAUGUAACAUACCACACCGCAUGGCUUCCCUGGGUCAUAACCUGUAUGUGACAUUCUACCACAGCAUAGUAAAUAAUGGUUCAGGCACUCUGGGAUAUCAAAAAUAGUAGCUUUAUUGGGGGCAAAAGCAGCAACAUUUCGACCCAACUGGGUCUUUAUCAAGCUUGAAAAGGACCCGGUGGGGUUGAAACAUUGCUGCUUUUGCCCCAAUAAAGCUGCUAUUUUUGUUAUACUGGAGUGACUGAACUGUUAUUAAUUCUGCAUAUCUUGGAAGGGAGGUCUGGCCAUCCCUGGCUUCAGAGCACCUGAGCUAUUUGGUGAGUGUGUUAUCCAGUACGUCUCUAUUAUGCCACAGCUUGGCAUUAAUGGGUCAUAACAUGCAUGUGACAUUAUACCACAGCAUGGCAUCCCUGGGUCAUAACAUCUAUAUCACUGGUGACCAUGUAACACAGCGUAGCAUCUCCUCUGUAAUGUUAUCAAUAAGAGGGCAUCGGUUAUAUUGCAGCAUAGCAGCCUCUGGGCAAUAACUUAAAUGUGACAAGUCACAUCACAACAGCAGGGCAUGUCUGGGCAGUUAUAUUUUUGUAACAGGUAUGAUUGUAGCAGUGUACUAAAAUCUGAGUAAAGAUAUCUAAUAGGUAGCAAUAUAGCAUGGUGUGGAAGGUCAGGGCAAUGAUGGCUGUGACACAUGAGAGUAUAACAUACCCGGGCAAUGAUAUAUAAUUGACCAGUGAUAUGUCCUUGCCUUGGGGAUGUCGAUCAGUGGAGUAUUCUUUAUUAUAGACAAUGACAAGUGAUAUUUAUCAUAGGAAGUUAUUUUUGUUGCAAUCGGUUAUCUUUCUGUAACGAUAACUAAUGUGAUAAGUGAGAUUAUAACCUGAUGCCAACAGGCCCCAGUAUUGGUGUGGGAGAGAUCACCACAUUACAGCAUCAUAUGCCCUGGUCACUGAUAUCUGUGUGAUAGUUGAAUUGUAAUACAGCAUGUCAGGUCUGGACGUGUAUGACCGUUUAUGUAUUCCUAGACAAUGAUGUCUGUGCUCUGUAAUGCUAGUUGUAUGGUAUUGGAGAAGUCUCACCUGUUGCAGAAUGUUACUUCUGCCACCUUGCUUUGCAAUCCUUUGCUCAUGUGUUGGCAGGCUAGGCGCAGGAUUUACAGUCAUCAGAUAUAACUUUGUUUUUAUGAUUUAGGACACCAUGGAAGGUCAGCCAUCUCAUAAACCAGACUUUGUAUGAAUUGACCGAGCACAACAUUAUAGUUUGCUAUUGGGACAAUCUUUCUGCCCAUAACCACUUAGCUUAUAAAUGCCGUGAUUUUAAAGAACAUGCGUGUCAGUCAAGGCAGUGCAGAAUAUAUAAUAAAUUAUAGUGUACUGUAGAUGAUUGUUGUACACCUAGCGUGCAGUGUCUUGCAUCCUUGGUCUUAAACAACCAAUGUAGUAUGCCUCAUUCUAGUUGAAAAUGCUUAGAGACACUCUUGGGGACUUCCAGUUUGAUAGUUGUAAUAUAGGGCAUUGUUUUUUUGUUUUGUUUUUUCAAAUAUUUGAUGACCACCAGCUUAAUUCUACCUCCAUCCAUAUUGGAGUCAGUGUAAAGUUUCCACCAUCCUGAGUGAUUGACAAUCCCUGUGCACAAGUGUACAAUGCAAGUAGAGUUGCUCUACCUGAAUGUUCAUCACCCACUGGUUGUCUUAAUCAGGUUGACCUAUCCGACAGCAAACGAUUGUUGGACUGCUACUUUUGAAAAGUACCGGUCUAGUGGUUCUCAAACGAGUUAUCAAACCUUUAGUGUCCAUAUGAUAUCCCUGUCGACAUUUAAAAAGAAGUGGGCUACCCCUGCUAAAUCGUUGACCAAUAGUGGUCCUGGUUGACUUGUGAGAUCUGUGAAAUGGGAAAAAUUCUCAAAUUCAGCUGUUUCUCCAGCUACAGUUCUCGUUCCAGUUCUCCCAUAUUUCUGGUCUAUUAACUUUAAAACCAUAGUUAUUUACCGGGAACAACCUGAUUGUGAUAUUUGAGUGCAAACCCUCUUCCCAAAUUCAGUGAUUCUUGGUGACUGAGGUUUUUAGGGUUUCUUUUGCCAAAGACAUCAGUAGCUCAUAUUUUUACCAGGGCCAGGGGCGUAUAAGCAUUCUCUUGAUAGUGUAUCGAGUCAAAGGAAAAUGGUUUAUGAAGGUUAAUGUGAAUAUAAACAUUACUUUCUAUUCUAGAAAGCAAUGCCAAAUAAAACAAGGUUUAACCCCUUAAGGACGGAGCCAAAUGUACACGUUGUGAACAAAACAAAAUGUAAACAAAACCUGGCAUUUGCGCUACAUGUCUGUCCAACCGUAAUACACCUCUUUCAUAGUAAAUGCACCCACCCUUAUUAUAUAUCAUUUUAUUCAGGGGAAACAGGGCUUUCAUUUAAUAUCAAAUAUUUAGCUAUGAAACAUAAUUUAAUAUGAAAAAAAUGGGAGAAAAUACGAUUUUUUUGGAUUUUUUUAGUUCUACAUGACAUUUUAACGGUCAAUGUCAUAAUACUGUUUGCUUUUACUGCAAUAAAAUACACAUAUUUGUAUUCAGUAAAGUCUCACGUGUAAGACAGUACCCCCUAUGUACAGGUUUUAUGGCGUUUUGGGAAGUUACAGGGUCAAAUAUAGCACGUUACAUUUGAAAUUGAAAUUCGCCAGAUUGGUUACGUUGCCUUUGGGACUUUAUAGUAGCCCAGGAAUGAAAUUUACACCCAUAAUGGCAUACCAUUUGCAAUAGUAGACAACCCAAGGUAUUGCAAAUGGGGUAUGUCCAGUCUUUUUUAGUAGCUAUUUGGUCACAAACACUGGCCAAAGUUAGCGUUAGUAUUUGUUUGUGUGUGAAAAUGCAAAAAACGCCAAUUUUGGCCAGUGUUUGUGACUAAGUGGCUACUAAAAAAGACUGGACAUACCCUGUUUGCAAUACCUUGGGUUGUCUACUAUUGCAAAUGGUAUGCCAUCAUAGGGGUAAUUUUCAUUCUUGGGCUACCAUAGGGUCUCAAAGGUAACGUAACCAAUCUGGCGAAUUUUAAUGUGAAAAAAAUGAAACGCAAGCCUUAUAUUUGACGCUGUAACUUUUGAAAACACCAUAAAACCUGUACAUGAGGGGUACUGUUGUACUUGGGAGACUUCACUGAACACAAAUAUUUGUGUUUCAAAACAGUAAAAAGUAUCAUAGCAAUAAUAUUGUCCGUUUAAUGCUGUUUGUGCGUGAAAAAUGCAAAAACGUCACUUUUACUGGCGAUAUCAUCGUUGUAAUACAUUUUACUGUUUUGAAACACUAAUAUUUGUGUUCACCGAAGUCUCCCGAGUAGAACAGUACCCCCCAUGUACAGGUUUUAUGGUGUCUCGGAAAGUUAUAGGGUUAAAUAUAGUGCUAGCAAAUUAAAUUCCCUUUACUUUCGCAUGGGUUGUCAUGCAGGUCCUGCUAAUUGUAAUUAAUUAAGAUACCUAAUUAUGUAAAAAUAUUACAUAAAUAUAUAUGUAGAAUCAAUAUAUGUAUAUAUAUACGUAUGUGUGUAUAUAUAUGUAUAUAUCUAUAUAAUUUUUUUAAAAUAUUUUUAUUUAUAUAUAGGUAUAUAUAUAGUGAUAUAUACGUAUAUAUUUAUGUGUAUAAAUAUAUAUUUUAUUUCGUUCUAUGUGUAUUUUGAUAUAUAUAUAUAUAUAUAUAAAUUUCACAAUACAGUUAGAACGAAAUAACACACAUCUAUAUAUUUUUAAUUAUUUAUUUUUAAUUAUUUUUGUAAUUUUAUUUUUUAACGUAUUUACAUUUUAAUUUUUUUUAUAAUAUAUAUAAAUAUAUAUAUAACAAUAAUUAUAUAUAUAUUUAAUCAGUAUCAGUGUACGUGUAAUUUGAUAUUAAUAUAUAUAUAUAAUUAUAUAUAUAUUAAUAGUAAAAUACACCUAGACGGUGUACAUGUGUGUAUGUAUAUGUGUAUAUAUAUACUUUGAUCAUAUAUAUAUAAUAUAUAUAUAUGAUCUAAGUAUAUAUAAUUUUAUUUUUUUACACUUUUAACUUAUUUUACUUUUAUUUUCAGCCAGCAGGGGGACCCCCUGUAAUUACAGGCAGCCCCCUGCUGGCAAUACAGAAGCCAGCUAUACCCGGCCAUGUGAUUGUGGGGUCCUCGCUAGGACCCCACUCUCACACGGCCGGGGGGCUUCCUGGAGGACGGUCGUGCCGCGGGGGGCUCCCUGGGAGUCCCCCCCACCGCGAUCGCCGGCGUGGGACCGCCGGCGACCGGGUAAGUACAGAAAGACCGGAGGGCGUACUAUUACGCCCGGCGGCGUUUAGAGCCGCCUAUUAGAGGACGUAAUAGUACGCCCUGCGGUCUUAAGGGGUUAAGUUUAUGUGGGACGCAAAAAAACAACAACAAAACUUCAAUUUUCAUAGAAACGUAGAUGUAUUUAGAAAAGUACAGUAUAAAAAAAGUUGUCUAACUGACACUGGACGUAAACAAAAGAGAGCGAAUUAAUCUUAAGGAGACGUUGCGUUUGCAUAUAACCAAUGUUUCAGUCCAACUACCUUGACACAUUAAGAAAAGUUUGGUAAUGGGACUGAAAUGGUGAAUGUAUGCUGUUGCACAGCUGUAAAAAACAAACGACGUUAUCUUGUUGAUUUUGAAGUCCUAUGACUGUGUUCUUCACUUUGGCUGAGCUAACAAACUUGAUGAUCUCAGCCAAUACAAUGCUUCCCCAUAGGAAAGCCUUGGGAGGCUAUUGUACAUGUGUGGCAAAAAGCUGCGCGGCCAGUCAGCAUCUCUAUUGGGAGCGUCCAGCCACCAAACUAAUACUGACCCCUUCCCCCAUUCUAAAUACUGCCCCCUCCACCCAGAGUAAUACACUGCCCCUUAAUCUAAUACACUGCCACUCCUCCCUCCACUCUAAUUUAAUGCACUGCCCCCUCCCUAUCCCAAUUAUGACACUGCACCCCCAUCACCACUCUUAAUACACUGCCCCUCCUUUCCCCAAUUUAAUAAACUGGCCCCCUCCCUCCUCCAAAUGAAUACACUGCCACCCCCCCAACUUAAUACACUACCCCCUCCUUCCCUCAAAUUAAUACACUGCUCUGCUCCUCCCCCCCACCCCACCACCACUCUAUUACACUGGCCCACUCCCUCUUCUAAUUUAAUACACUGCCUCCUUUCUUAACCAAACAAAUACAUUGGCUCCCUCAAACGAAUACACUGGCACCUGCCUCCCUCAAAUUAAUAUGCUGCCCCCUCCCUCCCUCAAAUUAAUACACUGCCCCCCUCCCCAAUUUAACACUCUACACAGGAAGUUCCCCCAGGCCCAUCUUUCCCUACCUUAAGAUGACCUGUCCUCCAGUUCCAGCUCUGCUCUUCUCUGCACAGGCCAGACUCUCCUCUGGCACUGGAGCAGGAGGGAAGCAGGCUGGCCGGCUCUGCAGACAGACAGACAUUCUGCCCUCUUGUGGCUUUGGGAGGGAAGGCAAGGAGCAUACAGGAAACAACUUUUCUGUAUGCACAAAGCGGCCCCAGGGCAGGUGGGUUGCAAAUAUAUUCAUAGUGGGCUGCAUGUGGCCCGCGCACCGCAAGUUUGACAUGCUUGGCAUAAAGGAAAGGAAAAUAGUUUAUGAAGGUUAAUGUUGAUGUAAACAUUAACAUUACUUUCUAUAUAACCCCUGCGCUGAAUUAAGUGUUUAUUUUCUAAAAUGCGGUACUCGUUGUGUACUUUGACAGAUCACAUCAUAUUAUGGCAUCGGUUUGCUUGCUAAAAUCCAUAAAGAGGAAAGAUCUCCUUUUUUGCAUAUGGUCAUGUGGUUGUAUUUUUUUAUUUUUUUUUAUUUUUUUUAUUUUGGAGGCUUAUCUGUCAUGGAUAGUUAAAGGGACACUAUAGUCACCCAGACCACUUCAGCUCAAUUAAGUGGUCUGGGUGCCAGGUCCCUCAGGUUUUAACCCUUCAGAUGCAAACAUAGCAGUUUCAGAGAAACUGCUAUGUUUACAUUGCAGGGUUAAGCCAGCCUCUAGUAGCUGUCUUCCAGACAGCCACUAGAGGCGCAUCUGCAACGCUGGAAGCAUAUUAUGCCUCCAUCACGCAGAGCGUCCAUAGGAAAGCAUUGAGAAAUUCUUUCCUAUGGACACUUUGAAUGCGCGGCACUGCCGCGCAUGUGCAUACGGCUCCACUGACGUCAGACGGGGGAGCUGACUUCGGCGGGGGAGGAGAGGUCACCAGCACCGAGAGAACCCGGCGGUGGAAUCAGGUAAGCUGCUGAAGGGGUGUUAACCUCAUCAGCGCCACGGGCGGGGGACUGCUUUGUUUUCCAGACACUAUAGUGAUCCUUUAAAUGAUGGAAAAAAAAAAAAUAUAUAAUUUUUACUGCAGCCAUAGUAAUAUUUCCAGUCUUUGUUUCAUAAAAUGACAUGUAUGAUCUGAUUUUCCAUACACCAUUACAGUUUGCUCCUGCCAGAUUCCCUUUUUGUUUGUAUUAAUUGCAUUAUUUUUGUGAUGUACAUCAGUAAUGUUAAAGCAGACCCAUCACCAGUGUGCAUAUGUUUGGUAAAUACCAUGUGGGUGACAGAAAGGAACGUCAUCUGAAAUCUAAAAUUAAAUUUGGAUUAGAAAUUAGAUUGUUCUCAUUCUGAAUCUCUGCAUGGUGAUGUUCUUGGUACUGCCAUCUUCCAACUGCGAAUUGCUUCCCCACAUCAAUUUAAAGCUGAUCUCUUGCUUGUAUGUUUAUUAAAAAUAUAUAUAUCUGUUACUGCGUAAACUGGGAGUUGUGGAAAAAUUACAGAAUAAUUGCAAUUAUUAAGCCAAAAUUGCUGAGCUAGAUAAAUUGGAGAAAUGUUUCUUCUUAGCUAUAAUACAUUAAAGGGACACUAUAGUCACCUGAACAACUUUAGCUUAAUGAAGCAGUUUUGGUGUAUAGAACAUGCCCCUGCAGCCUCACUGCUCAAUCCUCUGCCAUUUAGGAGUUAAAUCCAUUUGUUUAUGAACCCUAGUCACACCUCCCUGCAUGUGACUUUCACAGCCUUCCAUAAACACUUCCUGUAAAGAGAGCCCUAUUUAGGCUUUUUUAUUGCAAGUUCUGUUUAAUUAAGAUUUUCUUAUCCCCUGCUAUGUUAAUAGCUUGCUAGACCCUGCAAGAGCCUCCUGUAUGUGAUUAAAGUUCAAUUUAGAGAUUGAGAUACAAUUAUUUAAGGUAAAUUACAUCUGUUUGAAAGUGAAACCAGUUUUUUUUUUCAUGCAGGCUCUGUCAAUCAUAGCCAGGGGAGGUGUGGCUAGGGCUGCAUAAACAGAAACAAAGUGAUUUAACUCCUAAAUGACAUUGAAUUGAGCAGUGAAAUUGCAGGGGAAUGAUCUAUACACUAAAACUGCUUUAUUUAGCUAAAGUAAUUUAGGUGACUAUAGUGUUCCUUUAAACUUUGCAAUUAUCUUAUCCAUUUUUGGUUUAGUAAAAAAAACACAUUAUUCUUCAGUUGCACAUUGUGAGAGAAGAUGCUGGAUACAUCUGCUGUCAUUCACGAGUUACAAAAAUAUGAGGAUAUAUUGAUUAUAGCACAGAAAUCCUGUGCUAGAGCGUCGCUGGACGUCCUCACGCUGUGUGAGGACCUCCAGCGUCGCUCAUUUUCCCCAUAGGAAAGCAUUUUUAAUGGUUUCCUAUGGGGAGCUCUAAUGCGCCGCGCAUGCGCAUUAGGUCUCCCCGGCCGGAGGGCGGAAUCAGUCUCGCCCACCGGCCGAUGCAAUCACAGGGAGGAGCGGUGCGGAGGAAGAAGUAGCGACGUGGGACAUCGUCGCUGCCUCUGGUAAGUUACUAAAGGGGUUUUCACCCCUUCAGCAACUGGGGAUUGGGAGGUAGGAGGGAGAGGGGACCUGCAGUGCCAGGAAAACUGAUUGUUUUCCUGGCACUGGAGUUUCCCUUUAAGCGCAGCCAUUAUAUGGAGCUUGUCUUGGACUGUAACAGAACUUUGAAUUAUGUCUCUGGGUGCAGGGGACUUCAGGCGUGUGUAGGUUGGGAGGCGGUAGAUUCCAUCUAUUAUAUUAGUGGUCAUAAGGCGCCUUUUGUAGUGCGGCAACUCCUCUGCAGAGAUGGCGGUUGGGAUUCCCCUGAUUUUAAUGUGUGUGUGAACCUUUGCCGGUCCUCUAUGGUUGCCAUUUUGAGUGCCAUGAGUUUCUGGUGUUGCUGGAUAUGUUGUACCUUUUCAUCAAGUGAUGUUAGGCGAGAUUUGACCCCACCACAUCUUCCUCCGUGGCUUUCACCCGCUUGCACUUCUUUCUUAAGGAGGGCUGAGUCGGAUGCUAAGAGCUUGUGGAUGUCAGCUAGCAGGAGUUUUAGAUCUAUCUUGGUGGCUGGAGCCCCCUCAUCAGAGGGUUCAAGCUGCUGUGGCUGUGUUGCCCUUGUGAUCGGAGGGGUCUGCUUUGGGUUGGGAAUGUGGUCUGUUUCCCGCUCGUCUCCUGUUGGUGUGAGCUUCGGUUGUGCGGACCGCUGCAGCAUCAUACCGAUGUCUCUGCCGUCUGCUGGUUUUUGGGAUCUGCGCUCCGUGGCCAGCAUAUGAGCUGGAGUUGCGGUGGGUGAGGGGGAUAGAGGGAGUCUAUUUCUCUCAGUUGGUUGUCGGGACAGGAAUUCCUUGAGAUCGUGGGCGUGAGGUAGGCCCUGGAUUUCCACUUGGGCAGCUUUUGGGUAUAAAAGAACGGCAUCUAUCGAUGCAGCUUGCCGUGGUGGUUUGCGAGGCUGGAUGGGUGCCAGUUUCACUAUCGCCCAGAUUAUAAAAGUUUGUCGGGAGCUACUAGAAAUGGCGUCUGGUGUAGUGUGGUAGCAAGCUGCGCCCCCCUUGGAUAAUCUGUUUUUAAACAUUGUCUGACCCAAGGUGCAUGUGUAUGGCUGACCGGUACCCUGUCAUGUACUAACGGUUGGGGGGGAGGGGGGGAGUUUUGCUCCCAAUAUUUUAUUUUUUAUAUAUAUAUAUAUAUAUAUAUAUAUAUAUAUAUAUAUAUAUAUAUAUAUAUAUAUAUAUAUAUAUAUAUAUAUAUAUAUAUAUAUAUAGAUUUAUUUUCAAUACUUGAUGAAAGGAUUUAUUAUAUUAAAAAAUAGUUUUGAGGUCACAUUUUAAAUGUGAUGAGAACAUAUAAUCUCAUGGUAUGUAGGGUCUGUGCCAGUUUCUGGAGUCUGCCUAAUAUUUAUAGUAGAACUAGAUUGAACAAAUUGCUAGAUGUAGAUUUGUCUCUCCAUUUUUAAAUCAUGAUCAUUUGUCAUUUCUAUGACUAUUAGCGGCUUGUGUUUUUAUACAAACUAAAGUCAGCUAUUGUUUAGAUUUUGUCAUAUCCAUAUCCUGAACAUUGUUUAAGUAGUGAGAUUCAGACUAUAUAUUUACAGGAACAGAAUGUUUUACACCGUUUACCAUGGACGAACCUAAUUUCGAAACUGAUGUUCUAUGACUGGGAUUUCUGAAGGUUAUAGGCUGAAGAUGAGACUUAACAGGUGUUGGUUUUGAUCUUCUCAACUAUAUCUUUCUAUGCUUGGCACCUAUUGUCGUCAGAUGCUGAGUAAUGGGUUCUGUGUGUGUUGGGUGGGGGGUCCUAUUGAUCUCGUGUUUCAUAUUAAAAUGGGAGAGCACUUUAUACAGGAAUCUUAAAAUGCAACUAUGUUUUUUUUUUUUUUGUUUGUUUUUUAUGUAAAUGUCCACCGCAUUUUUUUAAAUAGUUUUUAACAAUUGAAAAUGUUCUUCUCUUCUAGGAGGUUCUGAUGGCUCUAGGCUGUAUGAUUGUGUUUGGAGGUACAAUUCCAGUGUGAAUGAAUGGACUGAGGUGUCUCCAAUGCUGAAACCACGGGAAUACCACAGCUCCACGGUGCUAAAAGGCCUGCUGUAUGUUAUUGCUUCGGACAGCACAGAACGAUAUGACCAUAGCAUAGACUCAUGGGAAUCUCUGCGGCCCAUGCUGUACCCAAUGGACAACUGCUCGACCACUUCCUGCAGGGAGAAGCUAUAUGCUAUUGGCUCCUUAGAAGGCAAAGAAAACAUGGUUAUGCAGUGCUAUGACCCUGAAACUGAUCUAUGGUCCCUCGUCAACUGUGGGCAACUUCCACCUUGGUCAUUCGCACCCAAAACUGUGACCCUUAACGGCCUUAUUUAUUUUGUCAGGUGAGUUUCUAAAAUACACCGGUGUUUUAAUGUAAAACCAAAAUCCACAUUGCCGCAUGGAAGCUGUAAAGAAUCCUACAAUGUGACAUAGGUUAAGUCCACCGUUGAUUUUCACCACUAAUUUUAAUGUAGUACAUACAGCUGAUCAUGCAUGUGAACGGAAGCAGAUAAUUAUUGUUCUUUUUUUAUUAUAUUUUUACGUUUUGAAAAAAAAAAACACCAAGGGUGUGUGCUAGUUCAGUUCAUUCUACAGUUUCAGCAUCAAAACAAAUGUGUUGUGUUGGAGAGGAGUCAAUGUGGGAGAAUCUUCUCUUCUGCUCUCUCUGUCCAACAAUACUUCGGCUUAGUCUAUGCCAAAGAUAGAUUGACAGUUGGAAGAAAGGCAUAUUUUUAAAUGGGUUUUUCUCCAAAUCUAUGCAUAUGCUAACAAAACUGCUAAAACCAUGUAUAGAUGAAAUUGGAAAAGAGCAAAAGUAGUUUUGGGCAUGACCGCUUCCCUUUAACUAAAAGUCCUAUUUAUGUGGCAAGAAAACCCUAAUUUGUGGUCCAAAAAUGUUUCAUAAAUCCAGAUGUAGCUCUAGUACACUUAGCUUGCCCAUGAUUAUGAUCAAGCCGGGGGUGGUUAUAAUCCUCAGUUGCCUUCUAAUCUAGCCUUUUUCUCUUUGUCCACUAAUAGUGUAGUUUUUAUUAAGGUUGGCAAUUGUUAUAUAUAUAUAUAUAUAUAUAUAUAUAUAUAUAUAUAUAUAUAUAUAUAUAUAUAUAUAUAUAUAUAUAUAUAUAUAUAUAUAUAUAUAUAUCUCUAUCUCUAGUAUAAACCACAACAUUUUAUUUCUGUUUUGCUUUAAACCGAUAUAGUUUGUCAAAGCGGAUAGAAUAGGAAAAGUGCACUUAUCGCUUUUACUAAAACAAUAACGAACAGUCAGCUGAUGCUCUUAGAAGAUUAAGUGCUCUUUUUAAGUCUAAUAAAUGGUAUAUUCUUUUCUCAGAGAAAUAUAAAAUAUUUAUUGUAAUAAGAGAACAUGCUGGAAAUAGGUUAAUUGCAGUUUGGAGAAAAAAAAAAGACAAAAGCAUAGCCAUGUUUACAUAAAGACUCGCAAAAAUAAGAUAAAACACAAAACAGUUUGACCAUGGAAAAGAUUGAGAAGAAACAUAGGGGGAAAGGGCAUGACACAAGUUGACCAGGAGGCGAUGCCACAUUGAGAACUGUACCCCUUCCAUUCAACCUGGCAAAAUAGCAGGGAAUGUUUGUGAGCCAGCAGCUUUACCAUAUCUUGAAUUGUCCUGGGUAGGGGCGGUGACCUUCCAGCAGCUAGCAAUGCACUUUUUUAAGGCUGAGUAUGCCAUGAAAAUAAGUUUAUAUGCAGAAUUGGUAAGAAAGACCUGUGUAUAGUCCCUGUUUAGAAGUGCAGCCCCUAGAUACAGGGAGAGGGUGACCCCAAGUAACCGCAAGAACCUCCCAAAAAGAUUGUCCCACAGAGGUGUGACCCGAGGGCAAGUCCACACCACAUAGCGUGCAAAUAACCCUCCUCCCCACAUCUCAUAAAACAAGCAAAUACUGCUCCUGGUGUAAUUUUGGACAGUCUGAUGUCAUACAGGCACACAUUAAUUCACUGGCAGAUCGGGGAGAUUGAAACUUCUCCCUGACCAUCCUUGCUCCCUCUUAUCCCGUGGCAAUAUUUAGCAUAAUUUGGUCUGGUGAUUGCUGUGGAUCUUGCAAUAAUCGCCACAUUUAAACUGAUAUUCUGUCACUUUGUUCCCCCUCAUCUGUGAGAGACCUGGCACUAGCAGCACUUGUGUUCUCCCUACCAGAUGUUUUGGGAGAAUAAAGAGAAACCUGAGUGGAUGAGACAGAGGAUCACAAGAGGGUCAUUUCGAGACCAGGGGUGACCAACAAAAAAUAGAGGAAAGUCUAAGAAAUAUAUAUACCGGUACAUUCAGGAAGUUAGAGAGACAGGCAUGUAAUAAAUAUUUUAGGGAUUAGCAUAAUUCUUACUGCACAUAUACGGCCAAAAAAGGAGAGCUUAUAGAUGGCGAAGAUGAGUAAUCAUAUUUUUCCACCUAGGGGUAAUGUGGAUGCCCAUUAAAUUGACAUUUGACUGCCACCGAAAAUUAAAAUGAGCAUGCAAGUGCACCUGGGCCUGUGCUCCAGAAUGGGCUCCAAACCCCUUCUCAACCAAUCUGCUGCUGCUUGUCUGAUAUGGAAAUUAACCUUUGCCAUUAAAGCUGAAUGUUCUAAGGAUGGGUUAGCCCAGUGAUCUCACCUGGUCAUUGCUGGCCAAAAUUGGGAGGGGCACUCCUGUAUCAGUUAAACAGCAGCAGAGGACUGUAGGUGGUGAGAGAGCUUGUUUAAUUUUUAUAUUUUUAUUUUUUACAUUUUAAAUCAAAGGGUUGACAAAAACUGGGAGGUAAGCGUCCACCGACUCUUGGCACCAUAACCACUACAACUGGCUAUAUGUAAUGAUUACGGUGCUUAAUGCCCCUUUAUUCAGUGUCUUAUCACCUUGCUGUUCCCUGGUAUCUGUGUCCCUGAUCUCUUCUCCUUUUCCUCCUUCUGUACACGACUACCUCAUCUAUGUACCUGUUAUUUUACACCCACCUCACACCUCAUCCUUUACGUAAACCAUUGUUUAUUUAUUUUUUCUCUCCUUUCUUUUCCUUUCUUUUCCUGUCUUUUCCUUUCUUUUCUCCUCCCCAUUUUUGUUCUGCUUUCUUUUUGGGCACGGAGGGGGUUAUCCCAUCUGGUAACCCGUGAAUGUGUGUAGCCAUGCUGUGCUGAUGUGGCAGGUAUGGGUCACUCAGGUCUCCCUCCAUUGUCAUAAUGUACGAAUGUAUGAGGUAGUAUUCAUUAUUUUCAUCUUAUUUGUUAAAUUGUUCUAAAAGUUAAUUUUUUUUUUUUUUAUUUUUUUUUUUACAAGGUGGACAAAUAUUGAGAGGAGAAAAAAAUGUACUUGUAUUCCAAAUUACGGUUAAGUAGCAAAAACAAGGCAAUAGGUGAAGGUAGGGGGAUUGGCAAACGUCAACAGGUUUAAUAAAUUGUGCCAAAACUAGAUGUAGAAGUGUCAAUGGCUCGUAACAAAGCUUGAAUUUCAAGGGUGAUGUUUAUCUUUAGGGGAUGCAAGGCACUAAAUGCAUGGCUUCACUAGUGGAUGGUGGGCCAGUCAUGGGACAGUCUUUGACUUUCUCACCUACCGAUGGAGCUGCAGAAUUUGUGCUUGAGCAGCACUCUUGUGAAUGCCUAAUUGCCUUAAUGUAAUCCAGCACUGGCAUGCAAUGUGCAUUCUCUCUCCUUCCUGUCAUUAAAUAGCUUUACACCCCUGUGCUCUCAGUACUUUUCAAAGAAUAACUAGUUAACUUAUUUUGCCUGAAGCCUCAGACUGUAACAGAAGUGAAGAGACAGAGCUGUAAAGCAUCUGAUUUAAAAACUUUGGGUUUAAAUAGUUAACAGUUUAACCUUUCAAGGUAGGGACCUCCUUGCACCAUAACAACUUCAUUCAAAUAAAAUGUUAUGGUGCCCAGAGAGGCCGUUUAAUUGCUCUUGAUCAUGGUGAUCAAAUGCAAGAGAGACCGUAAAGAGAUGUUCACCUAAAGCUAUGCAAUAUGCUAUACUGUGAUAAAUCAGAAUAACUUAUCCAUGCAUUUGCUAACUUCGUACUCUUUAUACACCACUUCUUCCAGUAUUGAAUGACAGGUGAACCUGAAAUCUGCAGGACUAUUCCAAUAUAUUCAGAGUACACAAGUCAACUGCUACCCAGCUUUCUUGGCAACGACUUUUAUUAACCUGAUGAGAACAUUGUGUUCCUUCACCCAGUGCACGGAAUAUUUAUCAUCUCACUGUGAAAGCCUGUUCUAAAUACAAUGUUUAGACUAGUGUCUGGACAAGAUCCGAACAGUCCAGGAAUAAAUUAAAAAUAAUAAGAAAAAAAAAAAGAAAAGCUCCUAAACAGACACUUAAAGCAAAUGCAUCGUGACCAUAGAGAACAAACCCUCUCUUUCUUUUUUAAGUAAUGUUUAUUAUCCCAUCACAUUACCCAGAAAGUUGCCAUGAAUACUAUCCUGCCUUUUUUUUUUUUUUUGGCAACAGCUGCAGAGUUCACAUCGUUCACAGUAACAACUAAUGCUUCUCACCUGUUUCUGUCACACAAAUUUUGCCUAGAAUAAAACCGUAAAAAUGUCUGCAGGAUCAUGUUUCCUGUUGCUUAAGAACACAAGUCUGACUUGUUUUGUUACAUCUUGGCAGAUAUAGCAGGAGAAGCAGGCCGUACCUUUUUGGUCUGUUGACAUGUUAGGUGAUCAAAUGCAUUUUCAAUCCGCAGAGGAGGAGGAACCUAAAAAGGUUAUAGUAGAGUAUAGAGUUAUAAAAGGUUAUUUUAUUUUUUUCAUUUUUAAAGGGACACUAGAAUCACCUGAACAACUUCGGCUUAAAGGACCACUAUAGUGCCAGGAAAACAUACUCGUUUUCCUGGCACUAUAGUGCCCUGAGGGUGCCCCCACCCUCAGGGACCCCCUCCCGCCCGGCUCUGGAAGGGGAAAGGGGUAAAAACUUACCUUUUUCCAGCGCUGGGCGGGGAGCUCUCCUCUCCCGCCUCCUCCCUCUGAAUGCGCACGCGCGCAGCUGCGCCGCUUCAGCAUCGCAUAGCAUUACAAUUUUUAUGGAUUUGCGUGCUCUCACCGUGAAAAUCACAGUGAGAAGCAUCAAGCGCCUCUAGUGGCUGUCAAUGAGACAGCCACUAGAGGAUUAGGGGGAAGGCUUAACCCAUUCAUAAUUAUAGCAGUUUCUCUGAAACUGCUAUAAUUAUGAAAAAAUGGGUUAAGCCUAGAAGGACCUGGCACCCAGACCACUUCAUUAAGCUGAAGUGGUCUGGGUGCCUAGAGUGGUCCUUUUAAUAUAGUUGUUCUGGUCUGUAUAGUCUGUCUCUGCUGGCUUUUUGCAUAGAAUUGCAUACAUUGCUCCUGGGGGACUCCUUCAGUGGCAGUCACUCAGACGGUCACUAGAGGUCCUUCCUGGGUUGGAGCACUGAUGUUCAGUGCUUCGCUGACCUUUACCCCAUAAAGAUGCUGUGCAUGUGCAAUAGCCUCCCAAUGUUUUCCUAUGGGAAAGCAUUGGAUUGACUGAGAUUAUCAAUUCUGAUGAUCUCGGCCAAGAAGGCAGAUGGAGUGCGGGGCCUAUGUUGGUGGAAUGAAGGUAAUUUUUCUACUUCUUUAAGGGAGGCUGGGAGGCUAAUUAGUGGUUUUUAACAUUAAAGGGUCAGGAAUACCAAUUUGUAUUCAUGACCCUAUAGUGUUCCUUUAACUAUAAUAAUAAAGGUAACAGUUAAAAUAUGAACAGAAAAAUAAACAUAAGGGACAGGCAAUUAUGUAUUUAUUAAAGAAAUGUAUUAUUUUAGGAGUCUGGGAGGUAAAGGUGUACAGUAUUCACAUGGCUCUCUGGUUUCUAGUUUGAUGUAUAAUACUGUAGUGUAUUGUGUGUGUAUAUAUAGUCUGUAAGUCAGUCACAAAGUCUGAUUGGCAGUACACAUAGGUUACUUAGCCAUUUAUGUAUAUUUAAAGGGUUACUCCAAGUACCAUAACUAUAACAGAUUGCUAAUAGGAUAGGAGUACCCUGGCUCCAUUUCCCAGUAAAGAGCCCAAACACUUGCUUCUUACCUGGAUGCCUCCGUUUCUAGUGACUGAGCUGCGUCCAGCGAAUGAAAGUGUCCAUGCACAGAAUUGACGUAAGCCUAGAAGUGAAGCUGUCAUAAAUUUCUAUUUUAAAGAUACAGAACAUUUUAUGCAAAGUUUCAGUGAGAGUGAGUGCGGAGUGCUCUUCUAGUCCUUGGCUGCACUAAGGCUGGUGGCGAUUCAAACCAGUAACAGCAGGUGUUGCCAAGCCUUUGAGAGCAUUAGGUCUGUUAAGAAAGGCAAAUGAGGGGUAGGUGCCAGAUGCUCCACAAUUGACAUACCAAUCUUGAGACACCCAUCUCUACAGUGAUUUAAAUAAGUGGACAUGUCCAGCACAGGUGGAGAAAGGUGCCUUUGACCCCGCAUCUCUGAAAACACCAUGAAGAAUGGGCCGGGUAGAUGUCCAUUAAUAGUGUUUUUUUGUAGUUUUCCCUAAAAGAGGUGCACCCACCUCCGAUUCCCAUUUUCAUCACGUAUGCAGGAUAGUUAGGAAAAAGGAUGUGCAUAAUAUAAGGGAUAUAACUCCUGAUAAUUUACAGUGCCUCCUACAAAAAUCUGUGUAGGAAGUGCAUAGUUCAGUUGGCUAUGUUAGGCGGUUAUCCCAAACGUAGUGUAGCAAGUGUUUAACCUGGAAAUUGUCUUAUCCUGGUGUCUGUUGUGGUCUUUGAAGUACAAGAGUAGAUACGUGUGUGUGUGUGUGUGUGUUAGAACCAGCUAAUGCGUCCGUAUAUCCAUUUGCACACACUGCUGUACAUUGUUUUACAGGCUCUGUGCGAUAGAAAAAAAGGUAGUGCUAAGGUUCAAAAGGUUUUUGAAAAUAGAAGUAACAAAAACACAUUCGGUUUUGUGAGUGUCAUUUUAACACACACAUUCAUAGGUGCCAACAUUGUCUUUUAAUGUAGUGCCAGUAUAUUGUUAAAAAAGGCUCAUUUGUCAUGAGGCUUUACUAUUCCCUUAAAAAAUUCCUGCUAAGCUUUGCUGGAAAGUGUGUAUGUCCCUGUAAUAGCACGACAUAUUGUGUUUCUGUCCGGAAUCAACAUAUAAAUGUGUUUAUGUGCAUAUGUUUAUUUUAAUAAUAUGGAAUUAAAAAUCAAUUUCAAAUUUUAGGACUAUAUAAUCUAGAUUAAAAUUUGGAGUUCACUGUGCAUUUUGAUAUUCCAUACUUGAGUGAAUAACCCUGUUAGUGUGUAAGAAGCUGGUAGUUUUGUAAAGAAAUGUUCAUAAUUUUCUGUAUUUUCAUAAUCCAUAAACACAAUGCAAUUUCUGAAUAUAUAUGUUAGUGUGACACACAUGUUGAUAUUUUAUAUAUUUUUUAUUUUUAUUUAUGGGAAAAACUCAAUAAAAAUAAUUUUCUCCCUCACCAGAGAUGAUUCAGCAGAGGUGGAUGUGUAUAGUCCAUUGAAGAACGAGUGGGACAAGAUUCCUCCAAUGAAACAGGUGCUGUUUUCUUUAUUUCCUUGCAGUCAGUUCUCUCAUUGGAAUAACAAAUAUAGAAAGUGUUAACUGAGCGUUGUUGAAUUUGGCAGCCAGUCUGGUAUCAUUCAUAGCAAGGAAAGCUGCAGAGGUAUAGCCCUUUUAUUAGAAAUACCAUGGAUACAUGUGAUAUCAAACACAAUUUUAGAAACCACAAAUUUCUUGCAUCCAUGAUUUUUUUUUAAAACCUCGUAUCAGUAUUGCUUGGAACGCGAAUGGGGACUUAUGAAGCUGAUUGCAAAAUGUAAAGAGCAUGAAAACCAGAAUAAAAAGGGUUUUUGUUUUUUUAUGUUCUCUUCCAAAAUCAUGUUUUCAAAUGAUGUAUCUUGCCUCAUGACUGUGGAAUGUGGGGGACCCUAUCUACAAUUUGCAGCUGCCACCGUUAAUUCAGCCUCUCACCUAUUAAUGAUAUGCUUCCAGGAAUAGAACUGAAUUAAAGAGGUAUUAUAACCCCUACUGCCCCCAAUAGUAGUUGUGGUGCCAGUAUGCUCCCGGCAUCAUCAACUGUUUUCUAGUAGUUUGACUUAAACAGUAGGUACCUCUAUGGCGCAUGUUCCCACAAUAACCACUACAACAAGCUGUAGUGAUUAUAGUUCUUAUAGUGCCUCUUAAAGGAGAAGAGCUGUGAAACUCCACCUCUGCCCUCAUUUUAAAACAUUAGUGUACUAUAAAACAUGAAUAAUGCUUAGCCCUAUAGAAGGAAAACAAAUUACCAUCUUCAUUAACCACCCUGCCUUUGGUCUCCUGACUCAUUAAGAUGUUUCUGGAACCCCUCUGUAACGUAAACACACAAACUAUAUUUUGAUUAGCUUCCUCGUGUUUUAAAGAAACACUAAUGUCACCCAGACCACUUUGUCUCAAUGAAGUAGUGCGGCUGCAGUGGUCCUUUUAGAAACUACAAUGUUUACGUUGCAGGUAUCCAAUUCCAAAAGUAGUGUUGCACUCAGGGAAACUUUGUCUGGCAAUUAAACUUUCCCCCUCUCUCAAUAUUUGCUUUUAGUAAAUGGUUUGAGUAGCUGAAAAAUACAUAAACAGUAACUGCCUACAUAUAGUUACAAACUAGUUGGCAAAUACUAAAGGGGAAAAAAUGGAGGACCAGUCCUCUUUAAAUUUAAAAGUAUUAUCAAUAACAUUUUAACAUUGUGAUGUUUAGCAGUAGUGAUGUCGCGAACCGUUCGUGAACUUGCCGCGAACGGUUCGCCGCGAACUCCGGUCAGCUGACACAUCACUUCCAAUCUCCGGCAGACCCUCCCUCCCAGACCCUCCCACCUCCUGGACAGGAUCCAUGUUGCAUGGAUGCUGUCCAGGAGGUGGGAGGUUCUGGGAGGGAGGGUCUGCCGGAGAUUGGCAGGGAUGUGUCAGCUGACCGGAGCUCGCUGCGAACCGCGAACGGUUCGCGACAUCUCUAUUUAGCAGUAGCUAAUAUGGAGCUCAUCUUGUUAUUUCAGGUUCACGUUGGAGGCAGUUUGGCAGCCAUGGAUGGAAAACUUUAUGUAUCAGGCGGUUACGACAACACAUUUGAACUCUCUGACGUGGUGGAAGCAUUUGACCCCGAAACAAGAACAUGGAGCAUUGUGGGCCACCUCCCUCAGCCUACAUUCUGGCACGGCAGCGUUAGCAUAUUCCGGCAAUUCAUGCCUCACACACAGUACAGUUUUGAUGGAGUCACGUUGGACAAUGCCCACCACGAACGACACACAAUCAACCUCAACAGACGAAGACAGAACUUGCACAAUCACAACCUGAACGAAUUACACCGGUGAUAGGAAGUCUAGAGAGAGAGACUAAUGACAAGAUUGUGAGAAGACAUUGCUGCUUAGUAUGAAUAAACUGGUUGGUAUGUGGAAACAGCAGGGAUAAUAAAGCCCUCAUUGUUUAUAAAAUGGCUAGGACCCGUGUUCCUAUUUUAAUGCAAUGUGUACAUCAUACAUAUUUUUCUUCCACAUACCUUAACCAAAAUAUAUGUAGUUGUAUGUUUGUACAGGACUGAUGCUGUUUCUUAAUAGAGAGAAAUUUUACAGGGCAGUAAAAAAACUAUAUAUUUUUUUUUUUUUUCUAGUGAACAUAAAAUAUUUAAAAUGCACUUGAUCACGACUUUGCGCACUGUUCUUUUGUUCAGAUUGAUUUUCAUGCAUGCAUUAGAAAUUGUUACUGUAACCAUGGUUCCUGAUUAUAUACAUUCUGCAUGUUCUGGUAAAUGAUAUGAUUUUAUACACAGUUAUAGUACAGUAUGUAGGAGUUUCUUGAUGUCUUUAAACAUGCUCUCUGCUGAGAAGAAAAAUAUAACUUUUCAGGUGUGUUCCACAGCAAUGGACUGUGGGUGAUGGGAUUUGUGUUUGGAUCAACAGCAAAAAUAGAUGUGGCUAGAUUUGAUGGACUUGACUUAUUUUAGCCUAUAUUAUUAUGUAAAUGUUGCAGCAAGAAACAGAUUGGGGAGUUUGAAAUAUCAUUUAUUGGUAUAUUUAUUAACCCCUUAAGGACACAUGACAUGUGUGACAUGUCAUGAUUUCCUUUUAUUCCAGAAGUUUGGUCCUUAAGAGGUUAAACAUGGGUUGGCUCAAGGGGAGAAUUUAGGGGUGUUGUACAUUUUUGUACACUCUGAUUUUAGUAAAAUGCCAGUGAAAUUAUGGAAUCCCAUAAUUUAGCACUUCUAAAACAUCCAAUCAUUUGCGUUGUUGAAUUCUUGAUUUAAUGCUUCUUUAACCAAGACGUAGUUUUAGGUACAUUGUAACUUAAUCAAGCAGUUCACUUCUUGCCUUUCCAGGGGAAUUGCUCCGCAGUGAUGACCAGAGUUCUGUUGUGGUUUUAUGUGCUCUGUGCAGUCUGUAUUUUAAAAUGUACAGCUGUCUGAUGACAUUUUAGGCCAUUUACACUCUAUAAACACAAACAAAAAAACCCUGUUUCUGCAAAGCUCCUUACUAUGUUUAAAUAAAUAAAAGUUAAAGGAACACUCCAAACCACUGAGGCACUUCAGCUUACUGAAGUGCUUUAGCGGGUAUAGUGAGACACCUAUGUCUUAAUUUAAGUUGCACCCUCCUGCUCAAAGCAAAAGUCAAGGAUUUUCCUAGAGAUUGACCGGAUUCAAUGGUUAUUUGAAAAGCAAUUGGUGCGGCACAUGCACAGUAGGACCCCAAUGCAUUUCACUGGAAAACAUUGGAUAGGCCUGGGAGAUCAUUACUUGUAAUGGUUUUCUGAAAUACUGAGCAUAGUUGUGCCGAGGAGAGUCUCUGCAGUGUUGGGAAUAAAUGUAUUUAUUUAUAACUAUGGAGUGUUCCUUUAAGCAUUUUGUGUAGUAGGAUAUCACUUUUGAUGCCUGAGAGAUGUCACCAGGCUUUUCUUGUCUGCUAUAUAUAUCAAUAGAUUGAGACAUAUAUCGAGAUCAAGAGACUGUUUGUGUGUUAUCAUGUAUUUAGAAUUUAAAGCUUGUUUCUUUGUUUUUUUUUCUGUGUGCAAAUAUUUUGAAGAAUACAUAUGCUGUAACUUUUUUUUUUUUUUUUUAAAUAGUGAAAAACAUUGUAUUGAAAUCACUGCUAUAUUUUAUUUUUUAACAUCUUAAUGGCAAGGUAAAUCAAGCUGACCUGUCAUGGAGGGGUAAAUGUGUCUGCACUUUUGGUUAGGGAGAUGUAGGUGUUAUCCAAAACCUAUUUAACCCUCUAAUGAAAAAAAACUCAUUUAAAAAAAAAAAAAAAUAUUACUGAAACCAAGACUGCACGUGUUGGCCUCUCUGCAUUAUUUUGUAAUUCAUUCAUACAAGUAAAUGCCUCUUUUUAGUACAUCAACUGAAUUGCACUUGAUCUGCGGGGAUGCCAUUUUAAGUGCUUUUUAGUCAGAUGCAACAUGUAUUUAAGACUACACAAUUUGAAUGGCUGAAACCUGCUAGAUUUGCACCACUAGAUUUGCAAAUGAGCACCAAGUCUGUUACUAGCAUGGGCUUUGGCUGGGUAGCUGUGCUUCUCACCUGUGGGAUUUAAAAUGCCCGUCCUCGUGUUGCAAAGGCAAACCAGGAGUACAAUUGAAAAAAGGUAUUUCUUUAUAAUACAUGCAGUUUUAACAUGUUUUGCUGUCAUGACAAUGGGUGGAUGAGAUGUGCAAGUAAUUGAAACAAUACAAGGUUGCUGUACAAGAACAAUAGUUUAUUACUCACACCAGCAUUAUAAGUAAAGGUAUUAAUAACGCUGGGGUGUUCCUUUUUAAUGCUCUGCAUUCUGUUUGUGGUCACUUUACCUAGAUACAUAUAUUUGAUGAAUAAGCUAUGUUAUCAUACUAUACUUUAUGACCAGUUCCAAGUGGUAUUGUCAUCACAGACCUUGACUUAUCAUCCAAUACUGAGUCCUCAGACUGGGACACCCAAGGUUGUGGAAUUAGAUGAGCCGGUCUGCUUACUACUCAAAUGAGAAUGUCAGUCAGACAUGCUCUGCUCAAACUUUGCAGUGCAUCAUUGUUUUUCUCCAGUGUCCCAUGGAUAAUAAAUUAGUGGUUAAAGAUACGUAUGUGUACUGUUCUUCACAGUCUUUGCUGCAUUGAUAUAGAUCUCUUAAAAGAAUUGUUAGUAUAUGGUUGCACAAUAGUGUUAAAGUGAUUUGUUCUGUUAUGUUUACAAUUGUUUUUUUAUAUUUUUACAUUCAGAGGUGUUUUAGGAUAAUGCAAUUUUAUAGAGAUUCUUAAUCCUACAUGUUGCCUUGCCUUACCCUCACUGUGAUACAGCACUUGAAUAACACUAGAUUUUGGAUGACACUAAACUGUACAAUGCUAACUAAUAAUUGGGAUUCGCUAUUUCUUCUUGUACGUGUAGAAAAGGGAAUUUCGUGCUAGAAUCUUGCCAUUGUGAUAGCACUGCAUAUUUGACAUCAAAUGAGUUAGGUUUAAAGGGACACUUUUGCACUUAGUGCUGUAAUGUUAAACAAUGUUACAUUGUAGCUCUAAGUCUGCCCUCAGUGGCUGUCUACCAGACAGCCACUAGAGGGCUUCCUGAAUUGAAACUGUCCUUUGGUCCGGUAUCUGACGCUGGACGUCCUGCAUGAGGACAUCCAGCAUCAGAUUUCCCCCCAUAGGAAAGCAUUGACUCAAUGCUUUCAUAUGGGGAGGUCUAAUGCUGGUGUGGCCUGCAUGUCGCGGGACGGCGGAGGGGCCGUAUCUGGGAUCAGAUAAGUAAAUAAAUAGUUUUUAACCCAUUAUUUACCGAUAUGGAGGAGGGAUGCAGGGUGAGCGAUUAGUGCCCGGAAUACAGCCUUGUAUUCCUGGCACUAUAGUACCCCUUUAAAUAUUUCCAGCACAAUCCCCAUAAAAGUAGUUGAUCAGGUCUACUCAAAUAACUUUUUCUAUAUCUAUAGUAUCACAUUAUAACUUUUUGUAACUUCUCAAAAACCCAUGGUGUCUUGAUAUACUAAACAUCUGUGUAUUAAUAAGAGUUUGAGCGCAGAGCUUAAUUUUGUACGUUUGUGUCUUCUGUGUAUUGUUUUGCAUGUUCAGUAUGAAGGCUAAAUAGUUUAUCAAUGUCGUUCGACUGUAUGAUCUCACCAUGUAUUUCAGUUCAGAUCACUUUCAAUUUGUUAUUACCUAUAUAUGCUAGCAUGGGGUUAAAGCAAUACAACCGGAAGGCUGCUUAGUAGUUUAAUAUUUCUGAAGGGAUUAUUUCCUAAAUGCAGUUACGUUAUGUCUUAAAAACAAGGAAAAUCAAACCAUAUAGAGCUGCAAGUUUGAAAUCGCUGAUUAGCCUGUAAUCAGCAGGCAGCUGUACGACAGUGGUGGAACGAAAUGAUGCUUAGCAAUUAUCACUAAUCAAAAUAAAUGCUGCUGGUUGUGAGUUAUGACUUGUAGUUCUGUAACAAUUGGAGGGUUAGGUUGUCUACUGCUGGUGAUCGGUUGAUUGCUGCCUUUGUCACCCAGUAUGUUUGGUGCCAGGCUGAGCAUCAUAAGAAAAGGCAUUCAAAAACAAACUGGGUGCCAACACUAGCAAUUACUGAUUUUUAUUUUUUAUAUAUAUAUAUAUAUAUAUAUAUAUAUAUAUAUUAAAAUGGAUAACUUAAAUUACAGAAUUAUGGUCAAAAUAAGGUGUAAUUCCCAUCAAUCUCUUCUUGGCCAACUCACAACUUUUUAUGUUUGUUUUUUUUUGUUUUGUUUUUUUGGAUAAAAUCCUUUACAAUAAAUGUUAUAUUUUACCAAUUAGUUGCAAAUUGUAUUGCUGACAUUUUUAUCUUUUUAAAUUUGUGCUGUUCUGAUUUUGCCUUAUUUUUAUAGAACACUUUAUUUAAAUAUCUAUUUUAUGUUACCAUUGUGUAGUUUGGGAUUAAACAACCAAAAUAAAGUUUUAAAGAGGAAAAGAAAAUUGUCAUUCAUGAAGGCCAAUGCAUUUCACUUGCAUCAGAUCACGUUUUCUUUUUUUUUUUUUUUUUGUCAUUCAAUUUGCUUUUAUUGACAUCAUAACAAUUGGCAAUACAAAGUUAUAUGCCUCAAUACAGAAGGUGGCAAAAAUAGUGUACAUGUCAGUUGUUGUUCAUUUGGUAUAAAGGUAUCGUUAGUAUUUAUGUGAAGCGAGCAAUUUUACAAAGCAAUAGCGAGCAUCUGAUUCCAUUCCUACAUUGCAACAUCUUUCAGCAUUGACAGUUUUCAAGAAGGAACUAGUCUUAGAAAAAUAGAAAGAGAAUAUUUUCACCAUUCUCACAAGUUUUAGACAUGAAAGCUAUAGAGAACACUCAGAUUCAGUCAUUUUAUUAAUUGGUAUGUUUGUGUUGGGAAGCAGAUAAACUGCGAUAAGGCAGAAACUUUAGUGCUCCUGCUGUGACCUUGUCUAGCCCUGCUUCCUGAGAGCGUCUCUACUGAUCCGUUGGGGUGGGGGGUAGGGAGUGGUUGUCGAGUAGUGGGGCGUUUGGGGGUCAAGGGUCCGUCAGGUAGUUUUUGUCCUGUGUGCGCGUUUGUUGUGGGUGUCCCCUUUGCGCUAGUCGCUGUUCUUUGAUGUGUGUGGGCGGUGGCUGUGUGUGUGUCAUGCGUCGGGGUGUAGUCUUGUUGGGGUGUCCCUUCUGUGUUGGUGUCCUUCUGUGUCUGUUUGGGGAUCCUAUUAGUGUCGGGGGUGUGUUGGUCGAGCGGGUGCUGUCCCGGGUUGUGAGGGUUAGGUGGGUUCUGGUAUCGUGGUGUAGUGCACUUGGGUAUUGGGCUUUUGGACAGUCUUGUUGGGUUGGUUCAUCCCUUGUCCGAUAUGUGUUGGUCAUGGUGGGUCUUUGUGGGUGCUGUGGUGUAUGGUCUGUCCUGUAAGGGAGGUGGCGUUUCUGCGAGUGUAGGUGGCAUUCUCAAGGCAGCCUGUCGGCAGUUGGUCAUGUAUUUUAACGUGUGUUGUGGGGGGCGGGUGGGAUGGGAGUGUAGGUUAAUGGGGUGAGGGCAUUGCGGGUGAGGGUAAGGUGCGGGAGGGUAGGGGGUGGGGUGUCAGGUCCCGGGUCCCCACCUCAACCCCCCCCGCCUCCGGGGCAAGGGGCAUCUCCGGCUCUGAGUGGUCGUCUUGGUUUGGUUGGGUCGGUGGUUCAGCUUCCGUAUUGUCGUCCGUCUGUUCCGUCUGGACCGUCCCAUCUGCCUCUGCUGUCAGGUGUUGUGUGGUCCCCGUAAUUGGUGCGGUGGAGGCGAGCCAUUGGAGCCAGUGGUACCAUGCAUCAUGGUAACGUUGUAUGCGUCCCGUUGCAGAGUGGAUGAGUUCUUCGAUGCGUCUGAUGUCUUCCACUCUCGUUAUCCAUUCUCUGAUAGUCGGGGCCAUGUGUUGUUUCCAGUGUCUCGGGAUGAGGCUGCGGGCUGCGUUUAUUAGGUGUGGGAGUGCUGUUUUUUUAAAUUUGUUGAUUGGGGUCUGUGUAAGUUGGAGCAGGUAUGUGUCUGGUGAGAGGGGUAGGUUUGCUUCUGUUAUGGUUGUGAGUAUCUUGUGGAUCUCUGCCCAAAAGGGCUGGAUAAGGGGGCAGGACCACCAUAUGUGGAAGAGGGAUCCCAGUUCUCUCCCGCAUCUCCAGCAUUCCGGGUCAUUUGUGGUUUUCAUCAUGCUAAGUUUUUCCGGUGUCCUGUACCAGUGGGAGAGCAUUUUAUAUCCUGUUUCUUGGAAUUUGGUGGAGACGGAGGCUUUAUGUGUGAGUGUAAAUACCGUUGUCCACUGUUCCGUUGAAAUUGAGUGUCCUAGAUCCCUUUCCCAGUAUUUUGUGAAGUAAGGGAGGGGUGCGUUAGUGGUGGUGGUGGUUUGCAUGCGAUAUAGUAGCGAUAUCGCGUGUGGGGGGGGGGGUUCAUGCAUAUGGUCUCGAAUACAGAGAGUGUUCGCGUUGCCGAAUUUAGGGUCGGUAUGCUUCUCAGAAACCUUGUCAGUUGGUGAUAUCUAAAGCGUAGGAGCAUAUUGUGUGGGGUAUUCGGGACCAGAGUGGUCAGGGGCAUGAUUGUGCCUUGGUCAUAGACGUCCUUCACUCUGCAGGGGGUCGGCAGGCCCAGGGCAGCCGUGUAGUGGGGGUCCGAUGCAGGGGCAAAUUUAGGGUUGUGAGAUAUGGGGCAUAAUGGUGAGAGCUCCGGGGCUACGUCUGUGUGAGUCACCAGUCUCCUCCAAACUGCCAUUGUAGCGUUUAGGGUUGGGUGGUUCCGUGGCAGUUCCCCGGCCAUGGAUUUCGGUAGCCAGGGUAGAAGUGUCAGGGGUAUCCGUGAGAAGCUGGCCUCUAUGGGGAUCCAUAGCUUGUCUUUCGGGUCUUGUGUCCAUUCUAUCACUCGCUGGAGGUGUAUAGCAUGUCUAUAUUUUGUGAUAUCGGGUAGUCCCAGGCCUCCCUGUAGUUUGGGUCUGGUGAGGGUGGCGAAAUUCAGCCUCGGCGUUUUGCGGGCCCAGACGUAGGCCAUCAGUGUUUUACGGGUUUGUGUUAGGAAGGUUUUGGGAAUGUGGAUUGGUAGGGUUUGUAGGAGAUACAAGAUUCGGGGGAGGAUAUUCAUUUUGAGGACACUGAUCCUACCCAGCCACGUUAUGUGCGGGAGUUGCCACGAGUCGAGGUCCUUCUGUAUGCGGUCGAGGAGGGGUGGGAAGUUGAUGCGGUAGGUGUCCGACACAUCAGCCGACAGCCAGAUCCCUAAGUAUUUAAUCCUUUCUUUGCACCAGUGAAAAGGGAACUCUGUUUGCAGUGUAGUUGUUAGUGCUAGGGGGCAGUUUACGUUGAGAAUUUCAGAUUUCGUAAAGUUAAUUUUCAAGUUGGAGAGGGUGCCAUAUAGGUCAAAUUGGUGCGUGAGCUCCCUAAGUGAGGUUGCCGGGUUGGUGAUUGUGAAGAGGAGGUCAUCCGCGUAUGCAGAGACCUUGGUGGCUCCCCAGCUACCCUCGAUUCCAGUUAUGCGGGGUUGGGCUCGAACUGCAUUGAGGAAUGGUUCUAAGCUGAUGGCAAAGAGUAGGGGCGAUAGGGGACACCCUUGUCUAGUGCCGUUUCUGAUCUCAAAUGGGUCGGAGAGAAUCCCAUUAACCUGCACCCGGGCUGCUGGAGCGGUGUAUAGGGCCCAAAUGCGCGUCAUCAUGUGGGGUCCCAGUCCCAGGUGUUCCAGGGUGGACCUCAGGAAAGACCAGUCUACCCUGUCGAACGCCUUCUCCGCGUCGGUCGAAACUAUCAGGGCGGGGGAGUGUCCUUCUCGGGCCGCGUGGAGAAGAUUGAGUGUCUUAAUAGUGUUGUCCCUGGCCUCCCGGCCCUCCACAAAGCCCACCUGAUCAGGGUGGAUAAGGCUCGGCAUCAGGGGCUGGAGGCGCAGGGAUAGUAUUUUGGCAAACAGUUUGAGGUCGGCGUUCAACAGGGAGAUCGGCCUGUAACUGGUACAUGAGGAGGGGUCUUUUCCUUCUUUCGGGAGUACUACGACGUGUGCUAGAAGCAUGUUGGGGUCUAAGGGGUCUCCGUUAUGUAUUGAGUUGAAUAGUGUAAGUAGGUGUGGGACAAGGUUGUCUGCGAACAUUUUGUAGUACUUUGCCGUGUAUCCAUCUGGUCCGGGGCUUUUCCCCAGUUUGGCCAGUUUGAUGGCUAGGCGUAUCUCCGCUUCAGUGAUAUCUUCUUCUAGUGUAGCUAUUUCUUGGGGUGUCAGCGUUGUGGUGAUAUUCUGUUCGAUAUAUGUUUUUUGCCGCGCUGUGUGGGCCUCUUCUCCUUCGUGUGCGCGUGUGGUGUUGGGAGGUAGGCAGUAUAGGGAGGAGUAGUAUUGUCUGAAGCCCUCUGCUAUAGCCUUCGGGGUCCGCAGUGUGUUUCCUGCCAGGGAGAUCUUUUGAACAUGGGUUUUCUGUCUCCGGGCUCUCAGCGCCCUAGCAAGCAGUUUACCACUUUUGUUUCCGUAUUCAUAAAACGUUUUUUGUGUGAGUUGGAACUGGAAUCGUAUUUUGGACGUGAGGCAGGAGUUGAGUUUCGCUCUGGUCUCUAGGAGUUGUUUGUAGGUUUCGUCUCGGAGGUCUUGUUUGUGGAGCGUUUCUAGACGCGCCAGUUGGGCAGCAAGGCGUGCUAUUUCCUGUGUGCGUUGUUUUUUCAGGCGAGUGCCGUGUUUGAUGAGGAUCCCUCGGAUAGUGCAUUUGUGUGCUUCCCAGACGGUCGUUGGUGCGCUUUCUGUUGUUUGAUUGGUGGGGAAGAAGUGGUCUAGUGUGUUCCUAAUUUCUGUUUGGAUCAGUGGGUCCUCUAAGAGUGAUUCAUUAAGUUUCCAUGUCCAUUGGGAUCGAAAGGUUCUAGGAUUGUCGAUGGUGAGUGUUACUGGUGCGUGGUCCGACCAGGUCAUGGGGGCGAUGUGGGCUGAACACAGUGUGUCUAGAUCCCUGUGUUGGAUGAAGAAGUAGUCAAUCCUCGAGUAUGAUUUAUGUGGCGCUGAAUAAUAGGUGUAGUCUUUCUCUGUAUGGUGUAGGAUUCGCCAGCAGUCUACAAGUUGGUGAGUUGUCAAAAGGGUCCGCAGUCCUCUGAGGAUGUGGUCCGGGAUCGUGGAGCCCCCUUUAGAUGUGUCCAUUUUGGGGUCUAGAGGGGCGUUGAGGUCCCCUCCUAUUAUUACGGUUCCUGCACUGAACGCUUCCAAUUUUCUCAGGGCUGAGGCUAGGAAUGGUUUUUGGCCUUUGUUUGGGAGGUAGAGGUUCGCGAGUGUGAUUUGAGCGUCCCCUAUGUGUCCUUUGAGAAAAAGGUAUCUGCCUUCUCGGUCUUUCUCUUCUGCUUCCAGGCGGAACUGGGUGUCUGCCGAGAAUAAUAUAGCCACUCCCUUAGAUUUGGUGGAGGGGUUAUGCGCGUAGUAGCCGGUUGGGAAGUAUUUAUCUGAGAAUUUGGGGGCUUUUGUUGCUAGAAAGUGUGUUUCUUGGAAGAAAGCUAUUGAUAUCUUAAGUGCUCGAAUUUCUCGCAGCGCUCUUGCUCGUUUUUGUGGGGAGUUCAGGCCCUUCGCGUUGAUUGUGUAGAGGUUAAUUCCUAUCUCUGCGUGCCCGGGGGCGUGGGGGGCGAGAGGCGGUGGGCCCAUCGUAUCCAGGUGGCGGGGUGUGGAGUAGGGGAGGAAAAGGGGGGGGGGAGAUGGAAGGGGAGGUUAGAUGGGUUUGAGGGGGUAGUUCAAGCGGUGUGGUGUGUAGCGGUUGUGUCAAGUCGCAGAGGCGACUGUUGUAAGGGGUAAUGUGCCACUGGUAGGUGUGUGUCCGGGAACCAGGGUCCUCGUAGUCACCUCACAGUCUCUUGGCAGUGAACCCGUGGGGCGGGUGGCGUCGGUGGUUAGGUAGGUCACCUACUUUGGGGUGUCGUCUAGUGACGUAUCACUGUCUGUCAGCAUCCGUCUCCUGCUGCCUAAUAGUGGUGGUGUCUGGCAUCCAGAGGGGUAGUACCGUUCUAGCGGAUCAGUUAACAACAAUGUGGAUGGUCGUGAUGGUCGCCCCUGGGUGUUAUCUUGUUAUCGUUGCGCUAUUGUGUCGGGAGCGUGCAUACGGAUAUAAGAACAGUAUUCGUGAGAACAACAUAAUAACAGCAUAUCAAAACAUGGUUACACAAAUUAUAUCCCAGUAUCAGGGAGAACAUCAGAAACUUUUAUGAACAUUUAAAGAUGGUUUGGGUGUGUUCGCACAGCACAGGGGGCCCCUCAUGGAAUAGAAUGAGGUUUGCACCCCGUGGUGCGCCGUCACCCCACACCUUUUAUAUAACAGGGUAGGAGGAGGAGGGCAAAAAGUAAGGGGGGGAGGGGGGGAAGGGGUUCAGGAAAACAAAAACACACCCCCAACAAUACACUCAAUACACUUUGUUGGAACCAGUGAGCGCAGGUGUCUCCGUCGCCCGGUGGGAACCUCUCGGUUGUUCACAGGGGGCGAGGCAGAGUCGCUCUCAACAGUAAUUCGGAUGUACACAAUUAUGAGUCUGCUUGAGGAACACGGAGCAUUCAUCUUACGGUAUGUAGUGGUUGGUGAGUGAUGCGUUCCCCCCUUCUAGCGUGUUCGUGGUGUCUGAGGUGUGUUUCUGUUGGACGCCUCAGAGGUGCGUUUGAUACCUGGUUGCCUGUGUUGCAGGUAUGGCCUGUGUGUAUGUCUGCGGUUUGAUUAGAUAGUGAGGGUGUCUGGGUGCAUCUUGGGUGUAUUUGGGGGGGUUCCCUUCCUGGUGUAGCGGAUGUGUGUGUGUAUGUGUGUGUGUGGGUGAGUGUUAGUGUCAAGGUGUGUAAGCUAGCCCGCAAGGUAUACUUGCACUUGCGAUUCGUUCUACGGUGGUGGAAGCCGUGGCCAGCAGUCCAGGGUGAUGCCAGGGUGUCAGUUCAAGGCAUCAUGUCAGUGGUCGUCUCUAUAGGGUGUUUGGAGCUUGGCGGGUGUGGGUCUAUGUCCCGCAUUGUGGGGCAAAGGAGUCUUGUGUGGAGCCGGCCAAGAUAUUGGUGCACUGGCGAGUCCUCUGGGGUUGUCUCUGUUGAGUUAGUAGCGUUCUUGGUGGUGUUGAGCAAGUCAUGGACUCGGGGGGCAAUGGAUGUAGGCCCAGUUAGCCGGUGAAGCAAGGUGGUUCUAGGCCUUUGGGACGGUGAGAUGUGGGUGGGUUACCGUUUUUGGUGGUGUCUUGGCGGCGGUGAGUCGCAAUCUGCUUUCUCCCUUUGCUUUCCUGGAUGCGGAGUGAAAAAAAAAAAAAAAAAAAAAAAAGGGAAAAAAAAAAGGGGGGGGAGUAGGUGUCUCUGGAGGUGCCGUAUCCCUCCUGCUCCCCUCAGCGUGGUCGUUAAUGCGUUGCAUGGUCGUGCAGAUCACGUUUUCAAACCCUCAUUUUAAUCAGUAAAGUAGAAUGCAAACAAGACAACAAGUUGGACGUAAAAGAAGAAAGGGUGGCUAAGCCUUUGCUGAAAUGAGCUUGGAAUGAAUAAUUUGGGUGGCUAACUGGUAUCCAAUGUCCUUCAGUACAAGACAAUUAGGUAUUCUCCUUAGCAGACAACCUUAAAUUUGAAAACGUGAGUAAAGUCACCUUUAAUGUCCAAAGAGAUGGUUGGGAGGGCAGGGACCUUAUGUUGCAUUAUAAGCUAGUAAAAAAGUGGUAUUGACGAAGCGAACAGUUCAAGGAUGGAGAGUGAGCGGCUACGGCGGCAAAGGAAUUUUCGUACACUUGUAAUAAGAGGAGCGUCACACAGGAUGGUAAGAUUUUUUUUUUUUUGGACUAGAUGCUAGGGUUAAAUCUAUUGGCAUAGGGUAGGAAAUUUCAUAAGAAUGGGGCAACUCUUGAAAAAUCUUAAGUGUUGGUAGUGGGAAAACGAGCUUGUAGAGCAAAGUGAACAAGGAGGGAUGUAGUUGUUGAAUACAAAUCGUGAGGAGUGUAGUUAGUGAGGGCUUUGUAGGUAAAUGUUAACAGUUUGAAUUUGAUCCUAAAGGAUACAGGAAGCCAAUGUAAUGCUUGGCAAAAACGUGAGCCGUGGGAUUAACAGUCAGAUAGGAAGAUGAGCCUGGAAGCAGAAUUCAUUAGACUAAAGAGGGACAAAGCUGGUAAUUGGAAGGCCAAUGUGUAGUGAGAUGCAGUCAGGGGGGGGACAACCAUGACGGUCCUGCUCUGGCAAUCCUGGGCCCCACAUUCUCUCUCAGCAUAUAUAGAUAGCGAUAUUCGCUAUCUAUGUAUGCAGCCGCAGGCCCCCGGCUCCCUGUACUUGUAGAGGGGGCCCAGCGGACUGCAAGUGUACUUACAAGCUCUAACUCCCGCAAGACCCGCGGCCGUCAGAGGGUUACCAUGGUAACCCGUGGCAACACUGACGGCCGCGGGAGUUACAGAGAGGGAAGAGCUUGUAAGUACACUUGCAGUCCGCAAUAUCUAUAAUUAGCAGUAAAUCACCAACAAGGGGUUCUCUCCACCCUUGUGAAGUGUAUAGUUAAGAUAACCAACAGGAGGUGAUCAGCGCUUAAGAUUAUAUAUACAUACAAUACAGAUUAUGAUCUUAGUAUAUGAAUCUUUAAGUACAAAGCAAGAAACAAAUUAUGGAGCAGUACAGUAGAUGUUUGUGAAGGGAGUACAAAUGGGCAAAAGUGCGCACACACACAUUUUAGAGCUGCCUCAGCUCUAUUAUGAAGGCCUGGAUGGAAUAAUCCCAGUCUAUGGAUAUAUAAAAGUGAGCCUUUGGUGAAAUGCGUUGUCAGGACUUAUUUUAUCUAUUUUGUUUGAUAUUUGUUUUUACUUAAAGAGCGGUUUAUUUCCAGCUUUUUAUUUAAUAUUAAUAAACCUUUUUUAUACAAUACCAUCUGUGGAGUACAUUCUUCAUACAUCCCUCCUCAUCAUUCCCGUUCCAGCAUAUAUCGCUAGGUGGGGAUUGUUCCACCUCAAGUUCUUCAUACCAGAGAAGGGCAUUGCUCUGGGUGAUGUAAAUAGGAUAUUUUCCUCCAUCAAUACCAAUUGUUUGUAUAUACUAUACCAUUGGAUUUCCUAUUUUGCUUUCUUCACAUAUACCUACUCCAUCCUGAAAACAAGCUCCAAAGACCCUCCACUUAUAUCCAUAGACUGGGAUUAUUCCAUCCAGGCCUUCAUAAUAGAGCUGAGACAGCUCUGAAAAGUGUGAGUGUACACUUUUGCCCAUUUGUACUCACUUCACCAACAUCUACUGUAUUGCACCAUAAUCUGUUUCUUGCUUUGUACUUAUAGAUUAAUUGUAUGUGUGUGUAUAUAUAUAUAUAUAUAUAAUCUUAAACGUUGAUCACCUCCUGUCUGUUAUCUUUAAUAUUUUUAAGAUGGUAGUUAAAGUAUUUGGAGACCAAUUGUACAUGCAGAGAAAAGGCCUAAGUCACAGGUAACUCCAAGGCAGCAAGCUUGAGAUCGGGUAACAGAUAGAUGGAGGAGAGCUUUUUGAUGGGGGAAAGAUGAAAACAAAGUAUUUUGCAGUCUGAUUUUGAUUUAUUUAUUUCCUUCUUACGAAUGUAGAAGAGAUCAUAGAUGGGGUUAUUCACUGGUUGUACAGUGCAUUCAAAUAAGCCAAUAUCCAGAGUAAUACUUUUUUGGAGUUUGGGCAGUGCCCACCAAUUACAGCAACAUCAUUUAAAUAAUAAUUAUAGAGUAAAAUACCCCUGAAUCAGAAUUGCAGAUGCUUGUCAUUGUGUAUUAAAACUGAUAAUUUCCCUGAAUCAGAACUGGUAUAUGCUUUGGAACAAACAAGAUUAGCAGAUGGCAAUCAAUUUUUACUGCCUUCCUAAAGAACUUCUCAAAAAGUAUUGCAACACAGGUAGAACCUUAUCACUUAAUUACAAAGAGAUGUUGUUACAGAGAUGGAAGGUCACAAUCUCUGCCUGUAAUUGUAAUGCUGUGAUUAUAAAAAGGACUUACUGGAUGCAAGGUUAAAACUCCUUAUACACUUUGAAUAAAUGCAAGACUGAUUCACUUGUAAAGUACCUUGAAAUAGUGACAUAUUGGCAAUACACAGGCAAAUAGGUUAAUCUUUAGACCGUGCUAACAAAGGGCAAUCAAUUAGUGAAUACAUUUUUACUAUGACAAAAGAAACCGACUCAUCUACUUUAAAGAAACACUGAAAAGUACCAUAACCACUACAUCACGCCGUAGAGCAGGGGUGUCCAACCCGUGCUUGCAGCCUGGUUGCGGUCUGCGCUGCCAGGCGCCAGGGAGCCCUUUACAUUCUGUGCUCCUCCUGGACAGCUCCCUCAUGCGUCCUGCAGUGAGCUUGCCACUCCUGACAUUAUCCCAGCAUCACUACUGGGUGCGCAAGGGACCUAUGCAGGAAGAGCACAGAAAUCAACACUUGGCAACUCCUCCCUUAGCAAGGUAGGGAGCAUGGGCGGACCUCUCAAUUACUAAAUGUGUAUGAAUGUAAUUUUUGUGUAUGUUUUGUUAGUGACUGUAUGCACGUUAUUGUAUGUGCAUGUGUGAGUCUGAUUGUGUGUGUGCAUAUCUGUGAUGUGACUUUGUGUGUGUGUUUAGUAGAUCGCUCCCUAAGUUUGUAUUGGAGUGAUCUGGGUGCCAGCUCCCACUACCCUUAACACUGCAAGUGUAAUUAUUGCAGUUUACAUAAACUGAAAUAUUUACCUUGCAGGCUUAAGUCCUCCUCUAGUGGCACUAGAGAAUGUCAAUGCCACAUAUGGGUAACAGAUAAUGGAGUUAUCUACUAAACAAAUUUAGAUGCUUUUGUUUUAUUAUAUAUUUUAGGUGCGGCUAAAGACCAUUCCUCGGUGCUAAAUGCGG